UAGAAAUUUAGUUUUUGUAUUAUGUUCCGUUUAGUUUAUAAAUGCACUCACACGUUUAUUGCUUGUAAUAGCGUAUCUGUAUAGAUCUAUUAUAUCUUUUAUGUAUAUAUUUUGCAAUUAGUUGCAUGAAUGUGAUAGAUUUUUACUGAACCAUACUAGCAACUUUUGUUUUUAUGUAACUUCAAGUUUUUAGUAAAAAACUGAAAAGGCUGAAAUCGAAUCAAAAUAAAUCGAACCAAUCAAACUGUAAUUUCAUGUUUUGAAAUGUAAAAUGAAAAACCGAACCGAAACUGAACCGAACUUUCUAAUUUGAUUUCGUAUUUGGUUUUAGUCAAAACCAAAUCGAACCAAAAUGAACUCAUCCCUAUCGGUGGCUAGGGGUGAUAUGAGCCCGGUUCGUUCGCACCGGUCUAAGAUCAGACCGGACUACAACCGGAAUCAUCAAAGUUAUUGGACACAAGAUCGGAUCGGAACUACUCCGGUCCAAGGCCGGAUCGGACUAGAUAAUUCGAGUUUGACCAGACUAGACCGUGUGGACCAUUAUUUUACUUGAGUUUUUCUCAUUUGAUAUUAUAUCUUAUUAAUGUAAUAACCAUAUUUAUAAUACAAGAAAUCAUUUCCGGUGUAUAAAAGUAUCAUAAAUUAAUACUUCCUUUGUUCUUUAAUAGUUGGAACAUUGGGAUUCUUGUACUAUUCAUACAUCUUACUUUGAUCAUGAUUUUCUACUAAUAUAUAUAAUCAAAUUAUUAUGCAUGUAUGCUUUCUUCCGCAUAUGCCUUUCAAGUACAACUCUUCCAUUUUAAUGUAUUGUCACUAUCUGAAAAUGCAUAUUUGCUAAUCGUGUUUCCUGAUGUCGGCAGAGUAUCCAAGCUAGUCUGGCUGCCAAUCUGGCUGCCAGUCUGGCUGCCGCUGAGAGAGUAUCUUUGUUGGAGAAGAUCAGACGCUCGACGAAUUGAGAAGGUAGGAGGCGCUUUCUACAUCAUUUCCGACUUUUGCUGUCUCAAAGACGCGCUUUCUAUGAAGAACGAGAUGUCUCAAGUUCUGGUCCCGUCUUCAAGUAAAAAUAGGAAAGGAAGCUAUUUCGCCGGUCAGUUGGGCCAAGGAUUGAGGGAGAGAAUUAUAGUUUAAGAGGAAUGAUCUUGUCCAGCCGGAGGGACAGGAUCCUCCGUCCGGCCACCACUGUUUGGGGCGGUUCCCAGUGAAUUUUUUUGAUGAUUUUCUUAGUGAAUGUUCCUCAUCAAGUCUAGUUUAUCCACACAAAAAAUCAGCUAAAAUAUUUGAUCGGAAAGACAGUAAAUUUUUUUUUUGAAGAUAACUGCGCCAAAUUAAACAUAUAAAACAUAGUUAUUUUCAAAAAUGUAUUCGACAGCCUUCCCGAUCGAUUUUUUAG